GACGCACCUGGAAUAUCUCGAGAGCAAAAAUGAGAAUCCUGAUCUGCACGACAGCGAUCGUCCUGUUGGUUUCAUCCACAUGGGCCGGGGAGGUCGCCAAGUCGGCUGAGAAAGCGGAGUCUUCUCUGGACGACCAAUCCACGAAGAAGCAAGAGAAACGAGGCCUGUUGGGUCUCGGUUACGGGUACAGUUACGACGGUGGCUACGACAUCGGAGCCGCUGGACACGGAGGCUUGGAACUGAACGGGUAUAGCGGCUACAAUGGCUACGGAGGCCAUAGCGGCUAUGGGGGCCAUGGCGGCUACGGGGGCCAUGGCGGCUAUGUCGGUGGCUACGGAGGAUACCUGAACGGGGGUGGGCACGAGCAUGUCAAGACCGUGACCGUCGUGAAGAACGUCGCAGUACCGUACCCCGUGGAGAAGCACGUGCCGUACCCCGUGGAGAAACCGGUACCAGUCCCCGUGAAGGUUCCCGUACCGCAACCUUACCCAGUGGAGAAGCCCUAUCCAGUCAAGGUCCUCGUCAAGGUCCCAGUACACGUACCCCAACCGUACCCCGUGGAGAAGAAGGUCCCAUACCCGGUCCACGUGCCAGUCGAUCGUCCAUACCCAGUCAAAGUUUUGGUACCACAGCCUUACCCCGUGGAGAAGCACGUCCCGGUACCGGUGAAGGUACCGGUCCCUCAGCCGUACCCGGUCGAGAAGCCAGUCCCAGUGCCAGUCAAAGUUCCGGUCCACGUACCCUAUCCAGUGGAAAGAUUAGUCCCAGUGAAGGUUCCCGUUGACCGCCCGAUCCACGUGCCAGUACCCAAACCUUAUCCCGUGCACAUCGAGAAGGCAGUACCCUAUCCAGUCGAGAGACCAGUGCCAGUUCCGGUCAAAAUACCAGUUGACAGACCGUACCCAGUCCCAGUAGAGAAGCCAUACGCUGUCCCGGUGAAAGUACCGGUCCCGCAUCCCUAUCCAGUCGAGAAGCCUGUGCCCUACCCAGUCGAGAGGCCUGUCCCAUACGAAGUUAAGGUCCCAGUAGACAGACCGUACCCCGUCCACAUCGAGAAGCCGGUGCCUUACCCGGUCGAGAAGGCAGUCCCGGUCCCGGUCAAAGUGCCGGUCCCUUACCCGGUCGAGAAGGCAAUCCCGAUUCAUCACGACCUCGGCUACAGCAACGACUGGUCCGGUAGCCACGGUUAUCAUUAA